AUGGAAGAACAUCAAAAAGACUACGCGUCUGUCCCUUCUGCGCCCAUCUCCCAUAACCAGAGAGAAACUUGCGAGGGCAGUUUCCAGCGCAAUACUUUUGUUCUCGUUGAGAAGCUCUUAUUUCAACAGAAAGAAUCUCGUCACUACCAAGCUCGACUUGAACAUCGAAUUAGCGAUGAAUGUGCGGCGCACGAGAGGCUCCGAAGCUAUUGCCUACAAUUGGAACGAUCUAUUCCUAUGUAUGAACAUGCGAAAUCACAAGCCGAGGCAUCCUUGCGCUGUGCUGCAAGCAACUGCCAAACGCUAGGACGUGAUCUAGAGGACGAGAGAAAGAAAGUACAGCAAAUGGAGAAUCUCAUACACAUGAGCCCCGCAGUAGAUGAAUUACUUCGUCUACUGAACCAUGGUGGCGCAGGCACUCAACAUGACUUUGCACUGCUCCAUCGGGAGAAUGUUGGACAGCGAGAAGUCAUAGAGCAUCUCCAAACUGCUUUGAGAGCUCGCGAAGAGACAGCGGAGGCAAUGAGCACGGCCUUGGAAGAAGCUUCAACUGCGCUGUCUCAAACUCAGCAGCAUGGAGACUUUUACAAUGAUUUCAUCAAAGACUACGAUGAUGAUGAUUCUGUGACUAUUGUCACCAAUAGCCAACCACCAUUUGUCCCUACUAGUUAG